AUGAGUGACCCGGAGAAGUUCCUGAAGAGCUUGUCUGAGGACAACAAAAUGAAGACAGUAAGGAACUCGUUUGGACCUGAGGAGAUAAAUCUCCAGGUGGUGGAGAGCUCUCUCUCUUUGAUGCCUUAUGAAAGCCACCUGCAGUUCUUCGUGUGGAAGGAGAUGCUGCAGGUGGUCCAGCCCCGGGCAGAGAGGCUCACAUUCACAAGCCAAGGUCCGGCAAUCACCGUCUCUGCUGAUGGACGAAGUCUGGUUUCUGCUUGCCAACAGAAUCACUAUCCUCCACCAGAAAGAGCUCAGAAUGAGUUCUCCUCGGGGCAGCAUUACUGGGAGAUAGAUGUAGGACAGAAGGCUUACUGGGAGCUGGGGGUGAACCAGAAUUUCCUGAAACAUAAUGGCAGCACAUACACGCUGUGUAAGAACAAUAGAGCCAGACCAGUAACAAUUGUUCAUCCUUCAGCUGGCGGAGCGGAGCUGGAGGCGGGAGCCAUGGCGUCCGGCUGGUUCUCCGAGGACCUGACCUGCUCCGUGUGCCUGACCCUCUUCACCGAUCCGGUCACGCUGCCCUGCGGACACUCCUUCUGCAGACUCUGCGUGGCGGAGGAGCUGAAAACGUGCCCGCACCAGUCCGAGAGAAGUGUGGAGCAGUGCUGCCUGUUCCGGUCAAGUCCGGAGGCCAACCAAGCAGCCCUGGUGACUGACUAG